AAUUUCUUUUGUUCUUUCUCUCUCUUUUUCGUGCCCCCUUCCCCAUAACACAUUUACAUAUUAUAUAAACCAUCCUUCAACUCUGCUUAUUGUUCACCAAAAACAUUACACACAUUAUUCAUAGUCUUAUUAUUUUGUUACAUAAUUAAUACAUACACUCUAAGCUAUGGGGGUAAGCUCACAAACUCUAGAGAUUACGGUUAUUUCCGGUGAAAACGUUCAUGUGAAGGAGGAAUCAUACGUCGUCGUUCGAGCUGAGUCACUCAAAUCUUGCACAACAAAACCAGCCAAAAACACUGACAUUAUCAUCAACAAUAAUCAUAGCUCAAGUUUGAUUUCAUGGAACGAGAAGUUAUUGCUUGAGAUUCCAAUGCAUGCAAGGUCCAUCACGUUUGAAGUUCAAUGCAAGAAUUCAAGAGCAAGUAGUGCUAGACCCGUUGGGGUGGCAAGGAUUGCUAUUUCGGAUAUAUUGUUAGGUGGUUCUAAUGGGUUUGACGGCGACAGCAACGGCGACAAUGUGCUGAGUUAUAGGUUGAGGGAUUGGGAUGGAAGGAGAAAUGGAGUUAUUCAUUUCUCCGUGAGGAGGAUGACGGCGGCACCACCGGUCGAAAAUACGGUGAAGGAGUUGGUGGAGGAUCAGAAAAAGACUAAGAAGGAAUCUGGUGAAGAAGUUGUUCUUGGAGUUCCGGUAUGGUGGAACUACCCUAAUAUUAUUAUUUGAUGGUCUAUUAUUUUGUUAUUUUUUUAAUAUUUUAUAUUUAAUUAAGAGAUGUUAUUUUUAUG